CAACCUUGAUAUUUGUAAGGAGACGACAACCAAAGCAUCCAAGUGUCUGUAAUAACCGGCAGAACGAUUUUUUAUGAGUUCUCCCGAUAAACUCGGCAACGUCCGGAUUUAGAACAAUGAGAACAGUGCACUCCUAUGUGCAGAGCUAAUGCGGCGGAUUAUUCGUAGGUUCUGCAGACCCUCAGUGGAAAAUCUUCAGUUCGCAAAUGUAAGGACACCUGAUGAACGGUUCAGCGCGGUUCACCGCCGGAAAUUGCGCUCAAAAACCUACUGUCUCGUUGAGGACAACCAACGUUCAACGGAGACAGAUUUCUUCAUUUACAUCAAGAUAUUGAAAUGAUGACGCUCCAAAAGAGUUUGGAAAAACGAUACACUAGUGACCUUUGACCCAUAGUGUGGAUUAUCCUAUCCUUGGGAGAGAUUGUAUCCAGCAGAAGGGGGGGGAUCUGGCCCUGUCCGGAGAUGGAGAUGGAGAGGUACCAUGGAGACAGCUCCACAGGGCCCAACAUCACCAACAGCACAGGAGCCCCAGCCAGCGCUCUCCCAGCGGUGCUGGUUACAGACAGGAUGGUGGUGCUGGUAGUUCUACUGGGGCUCCUCACCCUCCUCACUGCGCUGGUCAACGGUGCCGUCAUCACAGCCAUCUGCACCACCAAGAAGCUCCACCUACCUGCCAACUACCUCAUCUGCUCGCUGGCGUUCACUGACUUUCUGGUGGCUAUCCUGGUCAUGCCAGUCAGCAUCCUCUACAUCACCACGGAGACCUGGUCGUUGGGCCAGGUGGUGUGUGAGGCCUGGCUGAGCGUGGACAUGACCUGCUGCACCUGCUCCAUCCUGCACCUGUGUGUCAUAGCGUUGGACCGGUACUGGGCUAUCACCAAGGCCAUCGAGUACGCCCGCAAGAGGUCGGCCCGCCGGGCAGCUGUCAUGGUGGGCAUCAUCUGGGUCAUCUCAGUCUUCAUAUCUAUACCGCCCCUCUUCUGGAGACACAGGCCCGGUAGCCAUGGCCCAAAACAGUGCAUCAUAGAGCACAACCAUGUGGGCUACACCAUUUACUCCACUUUUGGGGCAUUUUACAUCCCCAUGACCCUUAUUCUCAUAUUGUACUAUAGGAUUUACAAUGCCGCAAAGACACUUUACCAGAAACGGGUCUCGUCCCGGCACCUGAGCAGCCAGAACUCUCUAAACCACUGUCGUGUGGCACACACCUUCUGCGUAUCGGACCUGUCCAACUCAGACCCCACUCUGGAGUUUGACAGGCUCAAUGUCACCAUCCGUAUCCCCUCAUUUGAGACAGAAAUGGAGGCGGCAGAUGAGAGUCACCAGAUCUGUACCUCCCGGGAGAGGAAGGCAGCACGUAUCCUGGGCCUCAUCCUUGGCGCUUUUAUCCUCUGCUGGAUGCCUUUCUUUCUGAAGGAGCUUCUUGUAGGCUUACAGGUCAUGACUGCCUCCCCACAUGUAUCUGACUUCUUAACCUGGCUGGGCUACAUCAACUCACUCAUUAACCCUCUCCUUUACACCAGCUUUAAUGAGGAUUUUAAAUUGGCCUUUAAGAAACUGCUCAGACGAAAGGAGCAUGCAUAGGUUUGCAGGCCCAGGUUGAACGUACAGUAUUGUCCCAUCAGAGAAUGUAUUAGGGAAAGUUACAUGCAGCAUGUCCAUUGGCUAUAUGACUUGUGUGAUGUUGUGCGUUUCUAAAUAAAAGUCUUAAAUGAUCUGCUUCUUAUUCUUUGCUGAAACACAAACUUUGACCAAGAAUAAUCAUGGCUCAUAAAUGCACAUCCAUACACAAAGACAUACAGUCUGGUCCAAAAUGAUUUGCACCCUUGAUAAAGAUGAGCAAAAAAGAUUGUAUAAAAUACAUAAUACCAAUACUGAGCUACAGUAUACUGUAUGCUCCAAAAAUGUUUUAUUUGAUCCUAUUACAAUUGCUCAGAAAAAUUGAUUUUGUUUAACAAGUAAUAAGCCUUUUUCUAAAAUGUUUAAUGAGAUGGAGAACACGUUGGUAGGGAUCUUAGAUCAUUCCUUCAUACAUAAUCUUUCCAGAUCCUUGAUAUCCUUCAUCUGCACUUAUGGACUCCACUCUUCAAUUCAAACCACAGGUGGGAGGCAGUCUGGGGACAUUGCAAAAUUGAGAUUUUUUUGUGGUCAAUUAACAAUUUCUUUGUGGAUUUUGAUUUGUGCUUAGGGUUAUUGUCUUGCUGGAAGAUCGACUUGCUGCCAAGUUUCAGCCUCCUGGCAGAGGCAACCAGGAUUUUGGCUAAAAUGUAAAGUUCAUGAUCCUGUUGACUUUAACAUUAACCAAUGGAAGCAAAAUAGCCCCAUAACAUCAAAGAUCCACCACUAUAUUUUACUGUAGGUAUGAGAUACUUUUCUGCCUAUGCAUCCUUAUUUCAACGCCAAACCCACCACUGGUGUGUGUGAUGUCAUUAGGUGAAUGCACCAAUUUGUAAGUCGCUCUGGAUAAGAGCGUCUGCUAAAUGACUUAAAUGUAAUGUAAAUGUGACUAAAGAGCUAUAUUUUCAUGUCAUCUUACCAUAGCACCAGUUCCAAUCCAAGUGCCAAUGCCGUUUAGUGACCUCCGGGUGUUUGCAUUUGUUGGAGGACAUGACAAUAGAGCUCUUUGGCCACACACACUAGUGGUGAGUUUCGUGUAGAAAGAAGACUGCAUAGGCAGAGGACCCCAUCUCCAGGCCAUCAGACUGUUAAACAGUCAUCACUAGCUGGCCUCCACCCAGUACCCUGCCCUGAACCUUAGAAACUGUCACUACCCGGCUACCCCCCGGUACUCUACCCUGCACCUUAGAGACUGCUGUCCUAUGUACAUUGAGUGCUUGAACACUUGUCACUUUAAUAAUGUUAACAUACUGUUUUACCCACGUUAUAUGUAUAUACUGUAUUCUAGUCAUGGCUCAUCCUAUAUAACUACUGCUGUACACACCUUUUCUAAUCACACACUGUCUAUACACACCAUUCACAUACAGUGCAUUGCAAAAGUAUUCAGACCCCUUGGACUUCUUCACGUUUUAUUGUGUUACAAAGUGGGAUUAAAAGACUAUUACACAAAAUACUCUCAUGACAAAGUAGAAUUUUUAAACGAUUUUUUGGGAUUAACAGAAUUUACAUAACUAAAAUAUAGUUGUUGCAUAAGAAUUCCGUUACCUGAGUUAAUACAUGUUAGAAACACCUUUGACUUGAAUACAGCUGUGAGUCUUCUUGGGUAAAUCUAUAAGAGCUUUGCACACCUGGAUUGUGCAAUAUUUGCCCAUUAUUCUUUUCUAAAUUCUGCAAGCUUUGUCAAGGUGUUAGGGAUAAUGGCUAGACAGAAUUUUUCAAAUCUUGCCAUAGAUUUUCAAGCAGAUUUAAGUCAAAUCUGUAACUUGCUAAGCAACUCAGUGUCUGGUGUGAAGCAGACUGAAACAGGUUUUCCUCUAGGAUUUUGCCUAUGCUUAGCUCCAUCCCAUUUCUGAAAAACUCCACAGUAAUGGCCGAUGUCAAGCAUGCUCAUACCAUGAUGCAGCCACCACCAUGCUUGAAAAUAAGGAGGCAGUUACUCAAUGCUGUGUUUUGUUGUUGUUGCAGUAUUACAUACAAGAUGCAAGUGUUUUUAUAUUUUUAUUCUGUAUAUUUGUAUUCUUCAUUUUACUACGUAAUUUAGGUCAUUAUUGUGGAGUCACUACAAUGUUGUUCAUCCAUCCUCAGUUUUCUAGCAUCACAGACAUUGAACUCUGUAGCUGUUUUAAAAUCACCAAUGGCCUCAUGGUAACAUCUCUGAGCAGUUUAAUUCCUGUCCUGCAGCUCAGUUCAGAAGGACAACUGUAUAUUUGAUGUGUUUAGGUGAUUUAAUAUAUCAUCCACAGCAUAAUUAUUUACUUGAUCAUGCUUAAAGAUAUAUUCAAUGUCUGAUUUGUUAUUGUUACCCAUCUACCAAUUACUGCCCUUCUUUAUGAGGCUUUUGAAAAGCAUUCUGGUCUUUGUAGUUGAAUCUGUGCUUGAAAUGCAAUACUUGACUGAGAGACCUUACAGAUACCGGUUUAGUCACUCAAAAAUCAUGUGAUUUGUUAAGCCAAAAUGUACUCCUGAACUAAUUUAGACUUGCCUAAACAGAGGGGAUGAAAACUUAUGUAACAACUAUAUUUUAGUUAUGAAUGUUUUAUUUAUCAAAACAGUCAUUUACCACUUUGACAUUACAGAGUAUUUUGUGUAAAUUGUUAACAAUAAAAUUACAAUUAAAUCCCACUUUGCAACACAAUACAAUUUGAAUAAAUCCAAGGGGUCUGAAUACUUUUGCAAGGCACUGUACAUAUCGGACUCUGUUACAGAAACUAAUUUCCUACAAUAUCAAAUCAAACCAAAUGUGAUUUGUCACAUGCUUCGUAAACAACAGAUGUAGGCUAACAGUGAAAUGGGUCUCGACCCCGCCCUGUGCAACUGGGUCCAAGACAUCCUGACGGGCCGCCCCCAGGUGGUGAGGGCAAGAAACAACAUCUCCACCCCGCUGAUCCUCAACACUGGGGCCCCACAAGGGUGCGUUCUCAGCCCUCUCCUGUACUCCCUGUUCACCUAUGACUGCGUG